UUGCUGAAUAACAUGCUUUUUUACUUUCAUUCAGACUGUCAUAAGACUAAGAAGGGGCUUUUCUUAGGAAGGAGGGACCUACACAAUAAGAUGCAGCCCACAGCUAUUCUCUUAGCCUUUAUAAGGAGAAGACCUAAAAUCCUGACAUCCUGGGCCAGCAGAAACAUUCAUUAAAGGUCGUCUUGUUGCACGCCACACAGCCAUCAUGUCUGAUUUAGAACAGACUGCAGCCCAUGAGGAGACAGCAUCUACUGAUACUGAUGCAGUGGUUUCAGUUGGCAAGGACACCAUUGGAUGCGGUACCUGGCGUCAGUGUUACAUUACCAUUAUAAAUUUUGGCUUUGAGAACACCCUCCUUAACCCCUGUCAAUACACACAGAGUGGUGGCUGCACUCAACAUCCAUCACUGCAGAUUGGCCCGCAUUCAUCUGGCAGUGCACUGUUCACCAAGACUCCCCACGCUGCUAGAGGAUCUGUCGGCAUCCUGACUUACGACCUCCAGGACUCCGCUCUCAAAAUAGCUGUCUUGUUCUCGGUGCCCUACGACUAUAACCUGUACUCUAACGUGUAUGCAGUGGGGAUCUUUGACAAGAGCCAAGAAUGUAAUUAUGAUCUUUAUUAUAAGAUGUUAUAUGAUCCACCAACCACCUUUGUCCGAGGUGAAGCUAAGGGCCCCAGUCUCACUUAUAAGGGGGAUGGAGUCACCAUCGUGGCAACAAUGACAGACCUUUGUGAAGCUGUCAUAAACGUGGAAGUGAAAGAAAACUGAAAUAAGAGAGUUGGGAAGAAUUUGUUUCUCCUAGAGCCUAUUCUGCUUGUUUUUUUUGCUGAAAUAAUGAGUAAUUCUGUGUCUAUGGCUAAUACAUAGUCAAUGUUAAUGUAUGGUAACUUUGCUUUAUUUCCCAAGCAUUGAGAAUUAAAAAUACAUGCUUAGGAUGUCUGUAUUGCUUUAUAAUAUAACACAAUCCACUGCUUUUGUGUUACAGAAACUGUAAUAUGUAAUAACUGUAGUAGAGCACAUGAUGCGUUUGAUGCAUUACUACUGUGAUUUCACAUGUAACGUUUAUUGACUUGUGGGCUUUAUAAGAUUGUGUGAACUUUCUUAUGCAUGGCUUUCAACAUCCCUUCUGUUCAAAUCUCAAGCAUUUAAUAAAUCUGCU